UAAAUAUCAAUAAUUUGUUUAUAAAGAUGUUUAAUUUUAACGUUGUGUUUUUAAUCGUGCUUUUUGUGUAUGGUGUAAAUUGUAAUGGAGCAACGGAUAUACAAAAAAAGCUCGUAAGAGCUCAUGUGAAAAAUUGCAUGGCCCAAACAGGAACAACACAGGACAUAAUGGCAAAAGUGAUGUCUGGAGUCAUUGUAGAAGAUCCCCGUUUCAUUAAACUUGUAUUUUGCGUUGACAAAUUGUCCGGUUUUAUAAACGAAGUCGGGGAUAUUGACAAGGAAGUUUUGGAAUUAAAAACAAUCCAAGCCAUAGGAACUCGGGAAAAGUCAAUAGCAAUGGCCGAAAAAUGUGCACAACAAAAAUCCACUCCUGAAGAGUCCGCAUAUGAAUUGUACAAGUGUUAUUUACUUGAUGGGUUUAAUUUAUUUGAACCAUAAUUUAAAAAAAAUAUGUAUGAGUUACUAGUACUAGCAUUACUAGUCACAAACGUAUAUUUUACUAGUCUUAACAUUACUUUUUAGGAUAUGUGCA